GUGAAUUUUUAUACGUUUUUCGUUUGUUCUCCGUGAAAUUUUCGUGUUUUCUAUAAAAUAUUAUCAUUAAAAUUGUGUAAAAGUAUUUAAAGGGUGUAUUUAAUUUAAACCUUGUGCGUAAAAGUGAAAAAAUCGCUGAAAAGCAUGCACGUGGGUGUUGAAAACAAGAAAAUCAAGUAUUGCUGAUUGGAGUGAGGCGGCUUUUCCAAUUAGCAUCGUCCCACCAUACACGGUUCGUGUGUUUGUGUGCGCGCGAACGCCUGUUUUUGACAGCUAACAAAAAUCGAUUUGUUUACAUGCGAAUUAUUGAGGAAAUGCUAGUUUGUUUUAUUGAAAAGUUCAAUUAAACUAUAGUGCAACGUAUUUUGUGUGAAUAAAAGUGAAACGUCUUGAAAGUCUGCAAAAAAUAACGGCGUUUAACCAGUGAAAUAUGUUGUUUUUGUAUCGUGAAUGACUCUAGCCGGCACUGUGGAGCCAUACUGCUGCGUUGACGUUGACUGCGUCGCCAACUUCUGCCUUUUGUUUGUGCAGUUCGGGCUGCUGAUUGUUGUUGCUUGAAUAUUAUUUACCUGUGCUAUGUUGCACAAGUGCAGCCUUAAAUUAAAUCCCAAUUGUAAAUGCAGUCAAAAUCUACAAGAUAUCUGCAGCCCACGCAUUACAUAGAUAUUGCUGUGAAAAAAGCCGGGUGUUGAACAUUUUUCAUGGAUUACGCUUUAGUGUUGACUCAAUUGUGCUUUUGUUCUUCGAGCCUUACGACUUGAACAUACGUCGGUUUCUACGGUUGGGAAAUAUUGUUUAAAAGUUUGUCAAUAAAGUAAACAGAGUAAUCGACAAAAUACCAGCGAACGUGGCUAUAGCGGUGGAUCACAAUAGUGUGGCUCGAUGAAAAAUUUACAAAGAAUCUUACAGCAACAGCAGCAACUAAAGUGGUUUGAACCAGUUUCAUGCCCCGCAUUCUAGUAGCUACUUGACAUAUGAAACGAGCGUAAGGCAGAAGAGAAGAAAAGGAGCGUAAGAGAAUAGUAUUCCCGGAAGUGAACGAAGAUAGAUUAAAAAAUGACAAGUUAAAUAGAAGAGUUGAAACUUGGUUAUAUAACAAAGACAAGCGAAAUUGACAAGUGCAGCUGAAGAUAAGCGUGAACAGCGAGACGCUGAGUAAGCAGACGAAGCAAUUAAGUGGAAAAUUUUAGUAUGUAAAAUUAUAAAAAGAAACCUGAAUUAAAUAUGAACAAGGAAGCACUGAGCAGAAGCAGUUGAAAAAAGCUUUGGCUGAACAAAAGAAAGCUCAGCAAGAACUGAACGACAGCAAGUCAAUUUAUAAGUGCGCUAGAAAGCAGUAUUGAGCGAAUUUAGUUCUUUAGAUGCGAACAGCGCAUAAGUAGCGCUACACAGGCGAAGUACGAAUUUGAUGGUUAAAACAAAUUUUAAGCGACUUUCUUAAGAUUUAAGAAAAAAGCAGAAAUUGCGUGAGAUUCAAGAAUAACGUUCGCCAAAAAAGCUAAUUGCAAAGAAAACACAAAUUGAACCAAAGACAACGCGCUCGAAAGCUCUAAGCUUUUUCGCGCAAAGCAAACAGAGAACACACAAAAUCAUGAAAUUGUCAGUUAAAAAUUUUGAACGCGUUGAGAAAAGUACAAAAAAGCUCUAAAGCUACACAAAUCUGCAGAGCGGCAAUUAAGAUAAGCACACGAUCAAUGCAGGCAACUGAGAAUUGACAACAAAGAAAAGCUCAAACAAAGCGCUGGUAGUGUUCACUCCAAGCUUUUGCAACGAACACAAGAAACGCCAGCAAGGCUUAAUAGAAAGCACAUUUGAAACGCAAUAUCAAUGCCGCCUGAAAGCAGACUAUCCAGCGUGUAAGUCAAGUUGGCUGGCGGUAGCUUAAAAGCUUUAAAAAGUUCAAACAACAAAAGUAGCGCUAAUAAGUUUUGCGCUUCGCAAACGAUCGAAAAAAGUAUAACAAAAAAAAAAAGCCAAAAGGAAAUUUCAAACGAACAACACCUGCUUGCCUACCUGCCUGUCCAUAUACAGCUUCCAAUUGCCAUAUUAUUGUUGUUAUUUAAUUUUGUUGUUGUUGUUGUUGUUAUCGCUGCUGUUAUCGCCUCCCACACAUCAGCUUAACUUAAAAAUCCAAUAAUAUGGGGCUGCAAAUAGCAGCAGCAUUGCCAGCAGCCAACAAUCUUGUUGCAAUCACGCCCCCCACACAUACAGCCACCACCAGCACACUUCUAGCCACAGCUACAGCUACAGUUACAGUCAGUGCCACAGCCACAGCCACAGCCACAAUAGCCAAUACCGUGAGAAAGCUUACCAGCGCCAUUGCUACAUCCAGCAUAGCCACAUCAUUGUUGCUGUUGGUAUUGCUGACCUGGAAUCCAGCAACAAUUGGUGUUGAUGCAGUCCAUGCGAAUUUUUCGGAUUUUCCAUAUAUACAAUAUCUAACACAUCCACCGGAGAUUAUCAAGAAGCCUCAGAAUCAGGGUGUACGCGUUGGUGGCGUGGCUAGUUUCUACUGUGCUGCUCGUGGCGAUCCACCGCCAUCGAUAGUUUGGCGCAAGAAUGCUAAGAAAGUAUCUGGCACGCAAUCUCGUUACACGGUGCUAGAACAACCUGGCGGCAUUUCUAUAUUACGCAUUGAACCAGUACGUGCCGGUCGUGACGAUGCACCAUACGAAUGUGUAGCUGAAAAUGGUGUUGGUGAUGCAGUAUCGGCUGAUGCAACUUUAACUGUUUAUGAAGGUGAUAAAACGCCACCCGGUUUUCCGGUUAUAACUCAGGGUCCCAGCACACGGGUAAUCGAAGUCGGUCAUACGGCGGUAAUGCAAUGCAAAGCCAUUGGUAAUCCAACACCCACAAUCUACUGGAUUAAGAAUCAGACAAAGGUCGAUAUGAGCAAUCCACGCUAUUCGAUAAAAGAUGGUGGCCUACAAAUCGAAAAUAGUCGCGAAGAGGAUCAAGGCAAAUACGAGUGUGUCGCUGAGAAUUCGGUUGGCACCGAGCAUUCGAAAGCAACGAAUUUAUAUGUGAAAGUACGACGUGUACCGCCUACAUUUUCACGCCCACCAGAGCCCAUCAACGAAGUGAUGCUGGGUGCAAAUUUGAAUUUAUCAUGCAUUGCAGUGGGCUCGCCCAUGCCGCAUGUAAAAUGGAUGAAAGGUGCGCAAGAUUUGACUCCCGAAAAUGAUAUACCAAUCGGCCGUAAUAUACUUCAGUUGACGAAUAUUCAACAGAGCGCUAAUUUCACCUGCAUAGCGGCCUCGUCUUUGGGGCAAAUCGAAGCGACGGCGAUGGUGAAAGUCCAAUCACUUCCAGCUGCUCCUACAGACGUGCAAAUCUCUGAAGUGACCGCCACUUCAGUACGUUUGGAGUGGUCAUACAAAGGCCCCGAAGAUUUGCAAUACUAUGUGAUACAGUACAAACCGAAAAAUGCAAACCAGGCUUUUAGCGAAAUCAGCGGCAUCAUUACAAUGUUCUACGUUGUGCGCGCUUUAAGCCCAUACACGGAAUAUGAAUUCUAUGUGAUAGCGGUAAAUACGAUUGGACGUGGACCGCCAUCGAAACCAGAGACUUGUACCACUGGCGAUUUCACAUUCGGAGGUGCAAAAAUGGAAAGUGCUCCACGCAAUGUGCAAGUCCGACCGCUGAGUUCCUCAACAAUGGUCAUAACUUGGGAACCGCCAGAGACGCCAAACGGACAAGUGACCGGCUACAAAGUCUACUACACCACAAAUCCCAAUCAACCGGAGGCAUCUUGGGACUCACAAAUGGUGGACAAUAGCGAAUUGACAACCAUUUCGGAAUUGACGCCGCAUGCCAUUUACACGGUGCGUGUGCAAGCGUAUACCUCAAUGGGAGCCGGUCCCAUGUCCACACCGGUGCAAGUGAAGACACAGCAAGGUGUCCCUUCACAGCCUAGUAAUUUCCGGGCCACCGAUAUCGGCGAGACCGCAGUCACAUUGCAAUGGUCGAAACCGACACAUUCCAGUGAGAAUAUCGUACACUACGAAUUAUAUUGGAAUGACACAUAUGCAAAUCAGGAUCAUCACAAGCGCAUUUCGAAUACUGAGUCCUAUACGCUUGACGGCCUCUAUCCUGAUACCCUGUAUUAUAUAUGGUUGGCGGCGCGUUCGCAGCGCGGCGAAGGUGCAACAACACCACCCAUACCCGUCCGUACGAAACAAUAUGUACCAGGUGCACCGCCACGCAAUAUCACUGCCAUCGCCACCAGUCCCACCACCAUAUCCGUAUCCUGGCUGCCACCGCCAGUGGAGCGCGCCAACGGUCGCAUCAUCUACUAUAAGGUCUUCUUUGUUGAGGUGGGUCGUGCCGAUAGUGAGGCCACCAUAACAACCUUGAAUAAGACUCACAUCGUAUUGGACGAGUUGAAACGUUGGACCGAGUACAAGAUUUGGACGCUGGCCGGCACCUCAGUGGGCGAUGGGCCGCGUUCGCAUCCGAUUAUUGUGCGCACGCAUGAAGAUGUGCCUGGAGAUCCUCAAGAUGUGAAGGCAACUCCAUUAAAUUCAACUUCAAUUCAUGUUACCUGGAAACCUCCAUUGGAAAAAGAUCGUAAUGGCAUUAUACGUGGCUAUCAUAUACACGUACAAGAAAUGCGUGACGAGGGCAAGGGCUUCCUGAACGAACCGCUUAAGUUCGACGUUGUCGAUACGCUGGAGUACAAUGUAACUGGCCUGCAACCUGACACAAAAUACUCCAUACAAGUGGCCGCACUCACGCGUAAGGGUGAUGGUGAUCGCAGCGCUGCCGUGAUCGUAAAAACGCCAGGCGGUGUGCCUGUGCGACCCACAGUCAGCCUAAAGAUAAUGGAACGCGAUCCAAUUGUAUCCAUCGAACUCGAGUGGGAACGUCCGGCGCAAACUUAUGGUGAACUGCGUGGUUAUCGUCUCCGCUGGGGCGUUAAAGAUCAACCGCUGAAAGAGGAAAUGCUACCCGGCCCACAGAUUACAAAACGUCGCUUCAAUGAUUUGGAGCGUGGUGUUGAAUACGAGUUCCGCGUGGCGGGUAGCAAUCACAUCGGCAUCGGUCAAGAGACAGUGAAAAUCUUCCAAACUCCCGAGGGCACACCAGGUGGACCGCCGGCAAAUAUAACAGUGCGCUUCCAAACGCCAGAUGUAGUGUGCGUUACAUGGGAUCCGCCCACUCGUGAGCACCGCAAUGGCAUCAUUACACGUUACGAUGUGCAAUUCCAUAAGAAAAUCGAUCAUGGUUUAGGUUCGGAGCGAAAUACAACGGUGCGCAAAGCGGUGUUUACAAAUCUGGAGGAGAACACAGAGUAUAUCUUCCGCGUACGCGCUUACACCAAGCAGGGCGCUGGUCCAUUUAGUGAAAAGAUCUUUGUCGAAACCGAGCGUGAUAUGGGACGUGCGCCGAUGUCAGUGCAAGCGGUGGCAACAUCUGAGCAAACAGCUGAGAUAUGGUGGGAACCGGUGCCAUCGCGUGGCAAGCUGCUUGGCUACAAAAUUUUCUACACUAUGACGGCGGUUGAAGAUCUGGAUGAAUGGCAAACAAAGACUGUAGGGCUGACAGAGUCAGCGGAUCUAGUGAAUCUUGAAAAGUUUGCGCAAUAUGCCGUGGCGAUAGCAGCGCGGUUCAAGAACGGUCUAGGGCGGCUGAGUGAAAAGGUCACAGUCAAAAUAAAGCCGGAGGAUGUACCACUGAAUUUGCGCGCACACGAUGUCAGCACACAUUCAAUGACACUCAGCUGGUCACCGCCCAUACGACUCAAUCCGAUCAACUACAAGAUUUCGUUUGAUGCCAUGAAAGUAUUCGUGGAUUCACAGGGCUUCACGCAAACGCAAAUUGUGCAAAAACGUGAUAUAAUACUGAAGCAUUAUGUGAAGUCGCAUACGAUCAAUGAAUUGAGUCCCUUCACCACCUACAAUGUGAAUGUGAGCGCCAUACCGUCAGACUACUCUUACCGCCCGCCUACUAAGAUAACCGUUACCACACAAAUGGCGGCGCCGCAGCCGAUGGUGAAGCCCGAUUUCUAUGGUGUGGUGAACGGUGAAGAAAUAUUGGUUAUUCUGCCUCAAGCUUCCGAGGAGUAUGGUCCAAUUUCACAUUACUAUCUGGUUGUGGUGCCUGAGGAUAAGUCGAAUUUGCACAAGAAUCCCGAUCAGUUUUUAACUGAAGAUUUGCUGCCGGGACGCAACAAGCCUGAGCGACCGAAUUCGCCUUAUAUCGCUGCCAAAUUUCCUCAACGCUCCAUUCCAUUCACCUUCCAUCUGGGCUCUGGUGACGAUUAUCACAACUUUACAAACCGCAAGCUUGAGCGCGACAAGCGUUAUCGAAUUUUUGUGCGCGCUGUUGUCGAUACACCGCAAAAACAUUUGUACACAUCCAGCCCGUUCUCUGAGUUCCUAUCGUUGGAUAUGCGUGAAGCGCCGCCCGGCGAACGUCCACACCGACCCGAUCCGAAUUGGCCCUCCGAACCAGAGGUCUCUGUCAAUCGCAAUAAGGACGAACAAGGCAUGUGGUGGGUGGCACUGCCAGUAGCUGCCGCGCUCAUCUUCACCAUAUUCAUCACCUGGUGCAUUGUGCGACGUCGUCGUCAACCAUGCAAAACACCCGAUCAGGCAGCCGUCACGCGUCCACUGAUGGCCGCUGACCUCGGUGCCGGACCCACGCCAAGUGAUCCUGUCGAUAUGCGUCGCUUAAACUUCCAAACACCUGGCAUGAUAUCCCAUCCGCCCAUUCCAAUUUCCGAAUUUGCCAAUCAUAUCGAACGCCUCAAAGCGAAUGACAAUCAGAAAUUUUCGCAAGAAUAUGAGAGCAUUGAGCCCGGCCAGCAGUUCACAUGGGAUAACUCCAACUAUGAUUACAAUAAAUCGAAAAAUCGCUAUGCCAACGUAACCGCCUACGACCACUCGCGCGUACAAUUGCCGCUGAUGGACGGCAUCGUCGGUUCGGACUACAUUAAUGCCAACUACUGCGAUGGCUAUCGAAAACACAAUGCUUAUGUGGCAACUCAGGGACCGCUGCAGGAGACAUUCAGUGACUUUUGGCGUAUGUGUUGGGAGCUAAAGACGACUACUAUCGUUAUGAUGACACGCCUGGAGGAACGCACACGCAUCAAAUGUGACCAAUAUUGGCCGGUGCGUGGCACUGAAACCUACGGCCAAAUGUUUGUCACCAUCACAGAGACCCAAGAGUUGGCAACCUAUAGCAUACGUACCUUCCAGAUUUGUCGUCAGGGCUUCAAUGAGCGCCGCGAAAUCAAGCAACUACAAUUCACCGCCUGGCCUGACCAUGGUGUACCCGAACAUCCAGCACCUUUCCUACAGUUCUUACGUCGCUGUCGCGCACUCACACCACCCGACUCUGGUCCCGUUGUGGUGCACUGCUCGGCUGGUGUUGGACGUACAGGUUGUUACAUUGUUAUCGAUUCGAUGUUGGAACGCAUGAAACACGAAAAGAUCAUUGACAUAUACGGGCAUGUGACUUGUUUACGCGCACAACGCAACUACAUGGUGCAAACCGAGGAUCAAUACAUUUUCAUACAUGAUGCCGUCCUGGAGGCAAUUAUUUGCGGUCACACAGAGGUACCAGCACGCAACUUGCACACCCACCUACAAAAGUUGUUGGUAACCGAGCCGGGUGAGAAUAUAACUGGCAUGGAAAUGGAAUUCAAAAAGCUUUCGAAUGUUAAAGUGGACUCGUCGAAAUUCGUCACCGCCAAUUUGCCAUGCAACAAGAAUAAGAACCGCUUGGUGCACAUACUACCCUACGAAUCGAGUCGUGUCUAUCUAACACCCAUACACGGCAUCGAGGGUAGCGACUACAUCAAUGCAAGCUUUAUUGAUGGCUAUCGCUAUCGGUCGGCUUACAUAGCCGCUCAGGGCCCAGUACAGGAUACAGCCGAAGACUUCUGGCGAAUGCUGUGGGAACACAAUUCAACGAUUGUCGUCAUGCUGACCAAGCUCAAAGAGAUGGGAAGAGAAAAAUGCUACCAGUACUGGCCACACGAACGUUCUGUACGCUAUCAGUAUUAUGUGGUGGAUCCGAUUGCCGAAUACAAUAUGCCACAAUAUAAACUUCGGGAGUUCAAGGUGACCGACGCACGUGAUGGCUCCUCGCGUACAGUUCGACAAUUUCAAUUUAUCGACUGGCCCGAACAAGGUGUACCUAAGUCUGGAGAAGGCUUUAUUGAUUUCAUCGGUCAAGUGCAUAAGACAAAAGAACAGUUCGGUCAAGAUGGACCGAUUACGGUACAUUGUAGUGCCGGUGUGGGUCGUACUGGCGUCUUUAUAACACUCAGCAUUGUACUGGAGCGUAUGCAAUAUGAAGGUGUAUUGGAUGUGUUCCAAACCGUACGCAUACUACGAGCUCAACGGCCAGCCAUGGUGCAAACAGAGGACCAAUAUCACUUCUGUUAUCGCGCCGCGCUCGAGUAUCUCGGCUCCUUCGACAACUACACCAAUUAAUUUGUUAACCAGCUUAUUUAGCUCAUCCACAGCAUAUUAUACACACAUGCAUAUGUAUAUGUUCAAUGCGCCACAAAAUAUGCUAUUAUGCUAAAGAAAAAUCAAAAUCCCACAAAUCUAAAGUCAAUUUUAGUUUGAAAAACUGCUGAAUACGUACAUCUCAUCCUGAGUGUGAAAGCGUUAUUUUCGUUUGCCGAAAUGCCUAAAAAGCUGCCACAGAUAUGCAACUAAGCACACUUUAACCAAGGAGAGCUAAGAGCUCCAUCUACCCGGCUACUUCGCAAUUAUUUCAACUGUAUUAAAAAUGAUUUAUCAAAAUCAUUGAGCAUCAAACAACAAAAAAAACGAGAACAAUACGUAUCGCUAUUGUAUUCAUUAAAUGCUAAGUUAAAUUGCUUAGUUUUUAAGCACAAAGAGUGUUAGCGGAAAAGAACAAAUAAUUUACGAAAUACUACAUAAGUAUGAAUGUAGUCGUAUUUAUUAUUUAGACGCCUAAUUGUAUGCUUAGCUUUAAGUUACUUAUGUACAUAUGUAGUUGUUGAAUGGUAAUCAUGCUAAGUUAAGUAAAAAUUAUUGUUAAAAUUCAAGCAGCUGUAGUGCGUGUUAAUUCGUAUGUAAACUCAAAACCAUUGGGUUAUUUGGAAAACUUAGGAUCAGUUAGUCAGCUAAUGGCUGACUACUAAACACAGCCACAUUUGUCUUUUAAGUUGUUUGUGAACUAAAAAGACUGUUAUGCAUUAAAUUGAUUAAAUUAAUCAGUAACAUUUACUAAAUAAUUAAUUCAAUGCAUUAGCUGUACAAAUAGUUAAAUCUGCAACUUGAAAUAAUUACAAUUCGAACUGUACUAAAUGCUUAAUUUUAUUUUUUAUUUUUUUGUGAAAAUGAGUAUAGUAAAAGUCAAAAUGCAUGUAUGCAAAAAAAUAUCAUAGCAAUCGAACUAAGGUAGGUGAAAUUUUAAAUGUACAAUUAUGACAAAAAGGCUCGGUUUUUUUUUAGAAAAUAUAUCAUGUAUUUUUAUGCUGAGUAAUUUUACAAAAGAGAAAAAGUGUUUGAUUUUUUUUUUUUUUUU